UGAGGGUGAGAGAGAGAGCGCGAGAAGACGAGCGCGCGAGAGCCACACGCGCUCAAGAAGACGAGCGAAGGAGGCACGCGGCAUGUCUCGAGGAUUCAGAUGCGCAUACGCGAGGUGCUGGCACGCCGUACGCAGGUGGCUGGGAUAAACGGCGACGUGACCGCGGCUGCUAUGUGCCCCCCCUCGGCACAGCCCCGCUAAAGAUGGCCCCCCUCGCGCUGCUCCUACUCCCCGCCUUACUGUCCCGCCUUCCCGCGCCUUGCCACGCCGCCGGCAUCCACGAGCGGGCCGCCGUGCCUCGCGGCGUCUCCCGCUCGGUGGCCCGUAUGGACGGCGACGUCAUCAUCGGCGCCCUCUUCUCCGUGCACCACCAGCCCUCGGCGGAGAAGGUGGCCGAGCGCAAGUGCGGCGACGUCCGCGAGCAGUACGGCAUCCAGCGGGUGGAGGCCAUGUUCCACACACUGGACCGCAUCAACGCCGACCACCAGCUGCUGCCCAACAUCAGCCUGGGCUGCGAGAUCCGGGACUCCUGCUGGCACUCUUCCGUGGCUCUGGAGCAGAGCAUCGAGUUCAUCCGUGACUCGCUCAUUUCCAUUCGCGACGACAAGGACGGCGGCUCCAAAUGGUGCGUGGACGGCCACUCCCACUCCAGCCAGCCGCCGCCCACCAAGAAGCCUAUCGCCGGCGUGAUCGGGCCGGGCUCCAGCUCAGUGGCCAUCCAGGUGCAGAACCUGCUGCAGCUCUUCAACAUCCCGCAGAUCGCCUACUCGGCGACCAGCAUCGACCUGAGCGACAAAACGCUCUUCAAGUACUUCCUGAGGGUGGUGCCCUCCGACGUGCUCCAGGCCCGAGCCAUGCUGGACAUUGUGCAGCGCUACAACUGGACCUACGUGUCUGCCGUGCACACCGAAGGGAACUACGGCGAGAGCGGCAUGGAGGCCUUCAAGGAGCUGGCCUCCCAGGAGGGCUUGUGCAUUGCCCACUCGGACAAGAUCUACAGCAACGCCGGCGAGAAGCAGUUUGACCGCCUCUUGAGGAAACUGCGUGAGAGGCUGCCCAAAGCGCGCGUGGUGGUGUGCUUCUGCGAGGGCAUGACCGUCCGCAGCCUUCUCAUGGCCAUGCGACGCUUGGGGGUGUACGACGAGUUCCUUCUGAUCGGCAGCGACGGGUGGGCCGACCGCGACGAGGUGGUGGAAGGCUUCGAGCAGGAAGCCAAGGGAGGCAUCACCAUGAAGCUGCAGUCGGCCGUGGUCACGACCUUCGACGACUACUACCUGAAACUCCGUCUGGACACCAACACCAGAAACCCUUGGUUUGCCGAGUUCUGGCAGUACCGCUUCCAGUGUCGUCUGCCCGGACAUCCUCAGGAGAACAAGAACUACAAGAAAGUCUGCGCCGGAAACGAGAGCCUGCAAGAAAACUACGUCCAGGACAGCAAAAUGGGCUUUGUCAUCAACGCCAUCUACGCCAUGGCGCACGGUCUCCACGACAUGCAUCGGGAGAUGUGCCCGGGCCAGACUGGGCUGUGCGAGGCCAUGGACCCCAUCGACGGCAGCAAACUUCUCGACUACCUGCUCAAGACCUCCUUCAGGGGCGUCUCCGGCGAGGACAUCUACUUUGACCAGAACGGAGAUACCCCCGGACGGUACGACAUUAUGAAUCUGCAGAACGUGGAGGACGGGCGCUACGAUUACAUCAACGUGGGCUCCUGGCACGAAGGCGUCCUGAGUAUCGACGACAACAAGCUGUGGAUGAACAGCAGUGAUAUGGUGCGCUCGGUGUGCAGUGACCCCUGCUCCAAAGGUCAAAUCAAGGUGAUCAGGAAGGGCGAAGUGAGCUGCUGCUGGAUCUGCACCACGUGUAAGGAGAACGAGAUCGUCCUAGAUGAGUUCACCUGCAAGGCUUGCGAUCUGGGAUGGUGGCCUGCCGACGACUUGGCGGGCUGCCAACCGUUGCCUCUGAAAUAUCUGGACUGGGCUGAUGUGGAAUCCAUGGUGGCGGUGGCAUUCUCCUGUGUGGGCAUCCUUAUCACCUCCUUCGUCACCUUCAUCUUCAUCCAGUACCGCGACACCCCUGUGGUGAAAUCCUCCAGCCGAGAGCUGUGCUACAUCAUCCUGGCGGGCAUCUUCUUGGGUUACAUCUGCCCCUUCACACUGAUCGCCCGGCCCACCGUCGCCUCCUGCUACCUGCAGCGCCUCCUGGUGGGCCUGUCGUCAGCCAUGUGUUACUCGGCGCUGGUGACCAAAACCAACCGCAUCGCUCGCAUCCUGGCGGGCAGCAAGAAGAAGAUCUGCACCCGCAAGCCGCGUUUCAUGAGCGCCUGGGCGCAGGUCAUCAUCGCCUUCAUGUUGAUCAGCGUCCAGCUCACCUUGGAGGUCACCCUCAUCAUCCUGGAACCGCCCGAACCGGUCAAGUCGUACCCCAGUAUCCGUGAGGUCUACCUUAUCUGCAAUACCAGCAACUUGGGCAUGGUGGCGCCGUUGGGCUACAAUGGCCUGCUCAUCAUGAGCUGCACCUACUACGCCUUCAAGACGCGCAACGUGCCGGCCAAUUUCAACGAGGCCAAAUACAUCGCCUUCACCAUGUACACCACCUGCAUCAUCUGGCUGGCUUUCGUGCCCAUCUACUUUGGCUCCAACUACAAAAUCAUCACCACCUCCUUCUCGGUCAGCCUCAGCGUCACUGUGGCGCUGGGCUGCAUGUUCACGCCCAAGAUGUACAUUAUCAUCGCCAAGCCCGAGAGGAACGUCCGAAGCGCCUUCACCACAUCCGACGUGGUGCGAAUGCACGUCGGGGACGGCAAGUCGGCCGCGGCAUGCGGGACCAACAGCUUCUUCAACAUAUUCCGCAGGAAGAAGGCCGUAUCUGGCAAUGCCAAUUCUAACGGCAAGUCUGUGUCAUGGUCUGAAUCAGGUGCAAGACACCCUCCGAGCGGGGGCAAUGUGUGGCACAGACUGUCUGUGCAUGUGAGGAAACAGGAAGCCGGCCUGAAUCAGACGGCGGUCAUCCGACCCCUAACUAACACCCCCGACCCCCACAGUUGUCAGCCCCCCGCCGCCCGCGACCUUGGCACAGACCCCCGCCCGCCCCCGCGCGAGCCGCCGCCGUCUGCCCCGCCCGGCGACAACAAGCACCACCCCAGUCACGCUCCCUUAGUGGAAACGCACCGCUCACAUGCCCCAGUUCCCCCCGCCGGCGAUUCCUUGAUCUUCACGGAGCUCCCCUUGGCGACGCCCCUCCAGGAAGGGGCCCCCCUAGAUGAGCGGCUGGACCUUUUGCACGAUUACAUGUAUGAUGCCAAGCAGGAGGGGGCAGAGGGGCACAAGUUGGCCCUGGACGACACCCCGGCCCUGUCCCCGCCGUCCCCCUUCAGAGACUCGGUGUGUUCCGAGGAUUCCGCUCCGGGGUCCCCCUCCAUGGAGUCUAUUCUGGGGGGGGCCCACUACACCGCCCAAGCCCUCCGAGACUUUGCACACAGCUCCUCGACACUGUGAGAGCAAAAAAAAAAGAAAUGGUGCACAUUUGGCAAGCUUUGAUUCCUCCUACUUCUUUGUUUAUUACCGCCGCCAUUUUGCUUGCUUGUGUCUUGUCAUUAGGUGUACAUUAAAAACACACAUAGAAGAACAUGGCUGUGUUCGGAAUCACUUUGUAGUGCACUAAACAAGUAGUUCUGUACCUCAAACACACAGUAUACAGUGCUUAAAACUUAAAUGCAACUGAACUGUUCUUGGGCAGUUAUAUUAUUUAUAUAUACUGACAUGAUUACUGAGUGAAUGAAUGAAUGAAUGAAUGAAUGAAUGAAUGAAUGAAUGAAUGAAUGAAUGAAUCCAAACACAGCCCAUGUCUGAAGGGCUGUUAGCAAACAACAACAGUGCCAAAACUCUUCAACUUGUCAUGCCAAAUUCCCGUAAGGUACUGUGCAAAAGUAUUGGGUCACCUCCCCCAACAUGCAUGAUAGUUUGAAGACGCCCUAAUGAAGACACUUUUUUUUUCCACAAAUGAGACGUCCAUUUAAGGUGUGGCUUUUAUUUAUUCACAUGGACAAGAAAUUAACAUUAUCUCAACUAGCGGUGACCUCAGACUUUUGCACCCUACUGUAAAUAUAGUCAAUCAUUGCUAAACAAAAACAGUAACCUACACUACUAAAAAAAGCUUAAAUAAGCACAAGACAGUCCAAAUGUGCAUUUUAUUUUGCCUUUUUUUAAUUCACUUUAGCUAUCACAUCCGACCUCAUUUAAAUAUACCAAGAACUGAUUUUUUUUUAAGAAGUGCAGUAAGCUGCUUGUUUUUCUGCGUCUUGCAAGGUGUGAUUGGCGUCAAGACAACCACGAGCCUCUUUCUGUGCGCUGUAGGUGGACAUAAGACGUGCCAAUGCGGAUUGUUACAGCGUAAUUUUGCUUUCGACACGUGGCUAUAGUUUUCUUUUCAGCUGUGUUGUCAUAAGAAGGCAAAAAAAACAUACACACUAACACAGUACUCGUAUUUGUAAUACUUGUUUUUUUCCACACAGGUGGUAUGUUUGUAAUACAGAUACAUGUUUCUAUAUUUAGAAUGUCCAUAGUCUUAAACAAAAAAGAAAUCAAAGUUUAUGCCAUUGCUUUUUGAACUUUUAAGCUAACUUGUAUCCUUUGAGUAAAAGUACCUGCAAUGACUAGUUGCUUCUUGUAAUGAGAUAUUUAUUCCCACCUUAAGUUUCUUCUACUUUUAUCAAUAAGAAUGCGCAUUAAUUAUAAGAUUAUACAGUACAUGGUGCCAGUGUAUUGUAUUUCCAAAUGUUUUCAAGUUUAUGCUAGUGAUGGUUUUUAUGUCGAGAAAGGAGAAACAGGGUAUAGCACCGUGUUGAACAACGCUCGGAUGAGCUAGGCCUUUAUGUUUUGGACACGUUGGAUAAGGUUGUACAAUAAUAAAAAAAGGUUUCUAUGGAAAACU